UUUAACCAGGACACAUAGGCUAUGAUUUCAACAGAGCAAUAAAGAGCAACGACGUAUGGCGCUGGGCCAAACUAUAUUAAUACACUAAACUGUAUAGUUUAGUUUUCUGUAACGUCACUAACUUUGGUGGUCGGAGCUUGAGAGCAAUGAGUGCAGCGAAAAGUAGCGGAGAGAUGAGCGAGCAGGAACACGAUGAAGCAGCGGUGGGAGAGAACAAGCAAAUCAUUUUCAAGGGAUACAUAGAUGGAGUUCCGAAGGAAACGGACAUGGAGGUCGUGGUCGGAAAGCGGCCGGAUAAACUGCGAGGCGGCGACGGAGGAGAAGCGGUGAUGCUUGUGAAGAAUCUCUACCUUUCCUGCGAUCCUUACAUGCGCGGCCGCAUGCGUGAUUUCCAUGGUUCCUACAUUCCCCCUUUUCUUCCUGGCUCGGUUAUUGAAGGAUUUGGUGUAUCCAAGGUUCUGGCUUCUAGCCAUCCAGACUAUAAGCCGGGUGAUUUGAUCUCUGGGUUCACUGGUUGGGAAGAGUACAGCUUGAUACACAGGACAGAGCAGCUAAGGAAAAUUCAAGCAGACAAUGAUAUCCCUCUCUCCUACCACAUUGGCCUCCUUGGUAUGCCGGGUUUUACAGCAUAUGCUGGGUUUUAUGAGGUCUGUAAACCCAAAAGAGAUGACUAUGUUUUUGUCUCUGCUGCCUCUGGUGCAGUUGGACAGCUUGUUGGACAACUUGCUAAGUUACAUGGAUGCUAUGUUGUGGGAAGUGCAGGGACAAAGGAGAAAGUUGACCUUCUAAAAGAUAAGCUCGGAUUUGAUGAUGCAUUCAACUACAAGGAAGUUACAGACUUUGAUUCUGUUCUAAAAAGAUACUUUACAGAAGGAAUCGACAUUUACUUCGACAACGUUGGAGGCGCCAUGCUAGACGUAGUGCUUCUUAACAUGAGGCUCCAUGGUCGGAUAGCUAUCUGUGGGGUUGUGUCUCAGCAAACCAUGACUUACCCACAUUACAACUUAUUCAAUCUCAUCACAAAGCGCGUGAGAAUGAAAGGAUUCUUGCAGAGCGAUUAUCUCCACUUGUUCCCUAAAUUCCUUGAACACGUCACCAGUUUAUACAAGCAAGGGAAGAUUGUGUACAUAGAAGACAUGAACAUUGGCUUGGAAAGCGCUCCGGCUGCUUUUGCUGGGCUCUUUUAUGGGAAAAACGUGGGCAAGCAAGUCAUUCGUGUCGCUACUUGAAGAAGAUUGACAUGAAGAACAAAUUCCACUUUUACAAGGCCUUUAUUUUGGUUGCAAUGAGAUAAUUAAAGGGGGGAAUAAUUGCAAUUUCAUGAGAAAGAAAUAGUGUGAGAAUUUAAAUUGCAAUGUUUGAUUUGCAUAAUAUCAUUAGUGAGAAUUUUAAUUUUGAUGUUUUGUAUU